AUGAGUAUUAUGGCACGUUCUCCAGACAAGAUAAAGAGCAUCGAUGGCUCAAAAGAAACUCUUAAAAUUAGUGUGAGGAUCAGUGAUCUAUGGUUUAUUACUUAUUACUCAUUGUUCAGUUCAUUGUGUUGUAACCUUAAUGCAAUCCAGGGUGAUGAGAUCCACGCUUACAGAGUGUGUGAUCAUCAAUUUAAAUUGGUGUUUAUUGGGGUUACUGUUGUGAGGGAGUGUGUUCUAGGGGACAUCCCUUUUAGAAAAUACAGGUUUACUGGAUUUGCAGAUGUUGUGGCUGGCCAGUUUGAACGUGGACUAUUGGUUGAUAUUAUUGGUGUGGUGGAGGAGGUUGUCUUUCAGCAAGUUUCAGGAAAAGGUAGAAGGGUAGUCUUCAAACUAAAGAACUUGAGCCAGCAAUUGCUAUCUUGCACUUUGUGGGAUGAUUAUUGCUUGCAGUUUUUGAAGUUCUUAGAUGAUUAUGAAGGUGAUGGCCCAAUUACAGUUCUAUUGAGCCAUUGUAGGAUCAAGGAAGCGCAGGGAUCUUAUCCCGCAUCGAUCAACAAUUCUUUCAAGGCUUCAAAGCUUGCAGAGUUGGGCAUUGAGGCCCGGUCAGGUUUUAAAUCCCAUGGUGAAGGGAGUACACAACUUUCAGGUUCUAUCCAAUUAUCAUCAAAAGAAUCAUUCUUUGGCAAGGCUGAGGCAAAGACUAUUGCUGACAUUAACACCAUCUCUGAAAUAAUGAUCUUAUAUAGAUUUUAA